UCUAGAUUUCUACAGAUCUAUUUAUUUAGAUCUAGAUCUAUCUAGAUCUAGUGCCCUAUGCCCUAUCCUAUUCACAUAGUUUGUUGGUAAGGUUGAGGCUGUUUCAUGUUCCAGGUGGCUGUUAAGUUUGCCAUGUUAUGUUGGAGCAUCAGAAGAGUCUGACAUGAGCCAAAACACUUUGAGGCUGUUGCUACUUUCAUUUUGAAGGUGAGAAUGCGAGUGGAACUUUUUGAAUUACACUUUAGCAGAUCCAAUUCCAUCUACAUAGCUGGUCAAGUGGUCAGUGGGAGUGUUGUCAUCAAACUAGCCAAAGAGACAUGGAUAAGCUCUAUCGACAUAAAAUUUAUUGGUCGUGCCAAAUCAAAGUGGGAUGUGUCCAAUGGCGAUACUUCAAAACAUUAUCAAGCCAUGGAAGUCUAUAUAGACAGUGAAUAUCACCUGUAUAAGAGCAGAAGCCAGACUGAUAACCAACCUCCUGGGAUGCAUGUUUAUCCUUUUGAUUUCACUCUCCCUACUGAUGUCCCGUCUUCAUUCGAGGGGCGCAGGGGCUAUGUCAGGUAUCAGUGUAUUGUCACGAUGGACAGGGGCUGGAAGGGUGUGCUGCAGAUUGAACAGGACCUGACAGUCAUUCGACAUCUCGAUCUCUCCAUCUUACCUGAUGCUGCUAUGCCCCAGCACCUAGAGAGGGAGCAGAUGUAUGAAGGCUGCUGCUGUGACUCAGGUAACGUCUACAUACAGCUGGACCUGCAGAAGAGUGGCUUUGUCCCCGGGGAACCCAUGAACUUCACCAUCAUCGUCAACAACAAGGCUACAUCAUCAAUUUGUGGUGUGGUCAUGUCAUUAGUGCAGACUGUGCGCUACACUGGCUUCAGUGACAGCUUGUUCUCAUCUGGCCAUCCUAAGUACCAUGACAAGAUCAACCACUGGGUUCUCUUUCAAGCUGAUGACGACAUUGGCGCCGGCAAAACUUUCCACUUGGUCAGCGCUUGUAGCAUACCAGCUGUUGCACCUUCCCUGUUGGAGGGCUGCAACAUCAUUGACAUCAUGUAUGAAAUUCAUGUAGAGGUGCCAGUGGGCUGGAAAAAUGUUCAGCUGAGUUGUACCAUUUUUAUUGGGACCAUCCCCCUGCAGCGCACAGAGCCACGCCCUAGUUCACACUCAGAUGAGGGAUCUCUAGACCUGGAUCUCACCACUCCCCCCUUGAGACAAAACUAUGAAUUGCCUCCUUCGUAUGAAGAGUGUGUGUUUGGUCGCAUGGAGUCCCAGGAGAGGGAUGGUGAGGGAGAGGCUGACCACGAUGGACACACAGGAGCCACAUCUUCUGGCACCACCGCCUCGCGUCGCAGCCGACUGCGCCGCCUGCCCAGCUACCCUUACUACAGCACUGACCACUUCGCCAGCAGCAGGGAGCUGAGCAUAGACAGUCAGAGUGGCUACCCACCCCCUCCCCCCGGCCACAGUGGCUACCCCCACCCUCCCCCUCUUUCACUGGAGGGCUAUACAUCAGUACCAGUUACAGAGCAGCCUGUAUCAUCCCUGCCUCCCCCGCCCAGCUAUGAGUCAUUACAACUCCACAGAUAAUCAUCAAACAUCAUUUGUUCCACUGUUCACUGACUCUGUCAUAGACACUAGCAUCCAGCAGCCAGCUAUGAAUCCAGCAGCCAGCUAUGAAUCCAGCAGCCAGCUAUGAAUCCAGCAGCCAGCUAUGAAUCCAGCAGCCAGCUAUGAAUCCAGCAGCCAGCUAUGAAUCCAGCAGCCAGCUAUGAAUCCAGCAGCCAGCUAUGAAUCCAGCAGCCA